AUGAAUUACAAUGGUUUAUGUAUUGAAUAUGCUGAUGCUACUAUUCCUUUUGAGUUGAAAUCUGGUUUAAUGCACUUGUUGUCAAGGUUUAGUGGUCUUGCAGGUGGGGAUCCGCAUAAGCAUCUUAAGGAAUUUCAGGUUGUUUGCUCUACACCAUUGAGACCUGAAGGAAUCACCGAAGAUCACAUCAAGCUGAGAGCCUUCCCGUUUUCACUACAGGGUGCUGCCAAGGAUUGGUUAUAUUAUCUCGAGCCAAAUUCAAUUGCAAGCUGGAAUGCCCUGAAAAAAGUGUUCUUAGAGAGAUAUUUUCCUGCCUCCAGAGCUGCAUCAAUCCGAAAAGAUAUAUGUGGUAUUAAACAGGGAAAUGAGUCAUUGGCUGAGUAUUGGGAGAGAUUCAAACACUUGGUAUCCAGCUGCCCUCAAUACCAGAUCACCGAGCAACUACUCAUCCAGUACUUUUAUGAGGGUUUAAUACCGAUGGAUAGGAACAUUCUUGAUGCUGCUAGUGGUGGAGCACUUGUUAAUAAGACUCCAGCUGCUGUCAAAGCCCUUAUCGAAAAUAUGUCCCUUAAUUCCCAACAGUUCACUACUAGAGACAAUUCUGUGCAAAGCAAAGGCGUGAAUCAAAUUCAGGUUUCUUCCAACAAAGCUUUAGAGACCAAAAUUGACGAGCUCACUGCCUUAGUCAAACAGCUGGCAGUAGCAAAACCUCAAACAACAACAGUGUGUGGUAUUUGUACUUCUCAUGAGCACCCGACCGAUACUUGUCCUAUUCUGAGAGACGAGUCCAUUACUGAGCUGCCUCAAGCUUAUGCAGGCAACCUUUACAAUCAAAAUAGGUACCAUAAUACUCCUAACCUGUCCACCAACAAAUAUCAUCCCAAUUGGAGGAACCAUCCCAACCUUCGAUAUGGAAACCCACAACAGAAUCCACCUCAAGCGGCUUCCCCUGCACCUUCCGGACCAUCCUUAGAAGAUAUUGUCAAACAAAUGCUGGAUUACUACUGCGAGGCUGUUAAGCCUGCUGCUGAGGGCGAUGCUGUUGUUGAUGAUAAGGUUGAGGAGAUUGUUGUUGAUUGUGUUGCUGAUGAUGAUAUUGCUGAUGUUGCUGAUGCUGAUAAUUAUCCCUGA